AUGGAUGGUGUUAUCAAGGAUGCACGUUCAUUCUGCAAAUUCGGAACUGCAGAUCGGCUAUACGACAUCGAGAUGAAUAGUGGACUUUGCUUAAGUAGUCGACACACGGAGGAAAAACAAAAAUGGAAAAGAAAUAAUGAAACUGGCAGGAGUGGGCUUCCUAGCAUAGUUAGGUCUAUCCUGAAUAGAAAAUGGACGGGAAAUAUCUUUAACAAAUAUUUUCGACUAAGAAGGAAAAUCAAAACUAACAUCAAUAAUUCGAAGACAUCAAUUUCUAAAUCUGAGAUUGAAGAUGAACUUGAACCUAUUACUAUCAACAAAGUCUGUGCAGAUCUGUCUGAUCCAGGAUCCUCUGGAAUUAAUGAGGCUUGGCGUUCAAUAUUUGUCGAUCUUACCAAAAAGGGCUCCAUGACGUAUCUAAUAUUUGUAGAUCAAGAAACCUUACACCCGGAAGUCUUUGAGUUAGGCGUCAGGUCAUUAUGGAAGCAGACAAAGCGUGCAUUUAGAGAUGUCUUUAGGGAGUAUCGGAUCCCGGUUGAGAUCCAUACCUCAGAGAAAGUGUUCUUCAGUAAUGGAAAGUUCGCCAGAUUCAUGAAGGAUCAUGGAAUUGUCACGGCAAUAAAGUCUGAUGCUGAAAUCAGUUUGGUUAAUGUAUUAGCAGCUGUCAAGGUAAUAAUACACAAUGCCAGAUUUUGGCAUGAAGAGUUAAGAAAGUUGAGAGAAAGUAUUUCGAAAAGUUUUCUUUCGACAAAAGACGAAUGUGUACAAGUAGAGGUCGCAUGUGAAGAAGAUACAAAGUUGUCCAUGUCUGAUUUGAGCAGUGAAGGCAGUUCUAAAGCUAGAAACGAUGAUUUUGAUUCCGUCAUAGGAACAUGCCAAAAUUAUCUGGAAGAAAUUUCAAUUGAUAAGGAAAGGUCCAGGAUUAAAUCUAUGUUACUAAAUAAACAAAAACAAAUAAAUGAUAGGAAAGAUGUUAAUCCUGAGAUGGUUAGGCAUAAUGAAGAGGAAGUAGACUGGAUGCAUUACCUGAAGAGCUUUAGGAUGAAAACAAGCAAAGUGAAUAAAAUAAGCACUGCUGGUGUCGAUAUUAGCAAAUGUCAGCCUUUUGAAAUAUCCUUUACCAGAAAUGUAACAAGUGUUCACCAUUGCGAAAUCGACCAAAGUCUUGUUAAAAUUCCAGGGAUUUGGAAAAGGACUAAAAGUAAACUGUUAAAGAAAAUUAAUUAUUACUGCCAUAAUCAGGAUGAUGGCUCAACGUUUCACGAAAAUUAUGACGAGAUGUUGAAUUACUUAUCAAGAUCCAGCCGAGCGGAAAUCAUCAUAAAUGAUGAGAAUAAUGAAACCGUCGAUUUUUCUAGAAAUAAUGAAAUUGUUUUGAAACUUUGUAAACAAGAUUCAGGCGAUAACUGCUCUGACAGUGGUAGUAUUCCAAAUAGCACAGGUGUCCAGGGUUGUGGUUUAACUUCUUUGGACGAUAUUCUUAUCAGAUUCCCUAUAGAAAUACUACCUUACAAAUAUGAUAAUUUGUAUAUAACCCAAAAUGAUCUCAACUGGAAAGCAGUAGUGUUAGAUGUCUUUGAACAUUCAGAAAAGUCUUAUUAUUUGUUCAUUGACUGUGCCACCAAUUUUCCAGAAUUGUUUCUUCAAAUCGAAAACAAUGGAAGUGCUAAUGUUAAAUAUUUAAUCAAUGCUCUUUGUCGCCUUUGGCAGAUUCAUGGAAAACCAAUAGAAAUUCAUUCUCCCAAAGGAAAUUUAUUUUCUUGCCCAAAACUCAAAACAUUAUACCCAGAGAUCAAGGAAAUCGAACAAGCCUCCAAGUUACAUUCAGCAAGAUUGCUAAUCAGAAAUUUUCGAAACUUUUUUAAUGAAAAGUCAACUUCCGAAGAAAUUCAUGUCGCAGAUAAGUGGCCUUUCAACAUAAAGGGUGUCAUCGGGUUCAUGGAACAUAUCGGUGUCAAUUACUGUAGGCAAAGUCGUUACUUCAACGGCGGAAGCUGUUUCUACAAGUGCCUCGAGCACAUGAAAUCAGUGAUAUGUCAUUCUGCAGAUCUGAAGUCAGCGGUAUAUAUUUGUAAGAAGAAAUUGCUUCCUUGGCUUGGUCUGUCUCCUCAGCAGAUGGCCCAUGGUAUGAGGAUGAAUCCACUGUUCAAUUGCAUUAUUCCACCUUGGGCUGAAAUAAUAAUUGACAUAUUUAGUCAUGAACAAAAGUGUUACCUGAUAGUAUUCGAUUACACUUCUCUAUAUCCUGAAUGUUUUCAGAUGAGGAGACAUUUCAUUCCAAACUUAUCAGUCAUUAAGGCUUGUGAACGAUCAUUCUCAGUUCUUGGCUGCCCUUCAAAACUAUGGACGUUUGAUCGCACAUUUACCAAGUCUGAUUCAUUUAAGAAAUUCCUUCGAAUUAGAGGCAUCCAACAAUUCUUUUUGACUCCACAGAAAGAGCGAGAAACGAGCAGCAUGCUUGCAAGCUUCCGACAGAAGUUGAAGAUAUCAGGCUCCUUAGAUUCCGCUCUUGUAUCGACUAGAGGGGCUUACAAUCGCUUCAUUGGCGCCUGCCCCGUGAGAAAGUUGCGAGAAAAGGAGACAGCAGUGAGUGAAGCACUUCAGGCUGCCAUGCAUCAAAGGAGGCAUGUAAGGUUCCAUUUAUCUCAGAGUAGCUUCAACGAUCUAUUCUCGAGUGACUCUGAUGAAAAUUAUUAG